UGGACGAGUUGUGUCAUUUGGACACAAAUCGGGAACCAACUGAGAAAGAAAUGUACGACAUUUACUGCUGGAUUGACCAUUUGGAGUUCUCACGAUCGAAGAAGAACAUAUCUCGAGAUUUUUCUGAUGGAGUGUUGAUGGCAGAGCUAAUCUCAAAAUAUCUGCCGAGGUCUGUUGAGUUGGGAAGCUAUUACAUGGCCCUGUCCAAGAAGAACAAGGUCAACAACUGGGAACAUCUCAAUGCAAAAGUUUUCAAUAAGCUUGGAUACAAAGUUGAUAAGCAGAAAAUGAAUGACAUCAUGGAAAGCAAAGCUGGAGCUAUCGAGAAGGUUCUUUUCGAACUCCGUCCCCUCAUUGCUCGAAAAAACAGAUCCAUUCUGAACUACCGUAUCGGUCAGAAGCCACAAGUCCCAGACGUUAUACUGAAGCCACCUGCAAUACCGAUGGCCAUGACUCAGGCUGCUGAAAUCAAACGGAGACCGAGGUCAGUUCAAGUGACCCAGAACGUUCCAAAAACGGCACAUAAUCCAAAGCCUAAAAUCCAAACAGUAACAAAGCCCACUCAUGUUGAGCCACAAGAAGUUUCUGCCUUAAAACAAGAUGCCAAGAGUUUCAAUUCCAUUGAACAGGUUCUUCCCAGCGACAUCAAACUUAUCACUCUAGAACCCAUUCCGAAUCUCGCAACCAAAUCCUGUGAGGGAGACUUGUCUAGAAAAGUUGGGAAAUCACCCCAUUCCAGACGCAAUUCGAAGUCUCCUUCGCUCUCCAGGAGUGACUCCAGGAAAUAUGCAAAGGGGAAGAGAUCAAUGGAGAAGCACGAGGUUGAACACGUGGCAGAAGUAGAAUUCCAAAUUGAGGCCGAGACGUUUCCAAAUGAGGAAGGUCCGAAAGUACCUUCAAAAUCUCAAAAAGACGCCUGGAGCUCAUCCCCACCCACUACGCCCUAUGGUUUUGAAGUAUUUGGUGAGCAAGUCGUACUCUCUGGCAAUGCAACGAGUUCAACCGAGGAGCUGGUGAAGGAAGGUGAACGAAAACUGGAAGGGAUACCAGGAGUUCAUCUUGGCUUCUACGGUCUCGUUUAGUUGUAAAAAUAAUCAUUCACAAAAAUGAUCUAUAAAUCAAGAAUAACUUUCAUCGUGCUAAAUAAAACAAUUUAUAUCUUA